AUGGGAAUCUUACCGACUGAUCGCCAUGCGAAGCUUCCGAUCAACAUCUCGUCGCGGGACCGGAAGGACCUGGGGAACGUCUUCGAGGGCCCUGCUGGGCUUCUCUUCGGAGACGCGCGCCUGGCUAAUCCUGCCGUUCCCUUCGAUGCGGCAGAAUAUGCUCCCACGACCUCAGCGUAUCCGAUCGCCCCCAUAAAGGCCGACUCCGGUUCGUUAUUCACCGACAACAGUCGGGUGCAAUACUGGGGCCAGAUUCCCCAGACAUUUAAUGCGACAGUCUUUGACCGAGCCGAGGAGAGCAUCAAAGACCUCGUUCUCACCAACACGUGGCCUAAGUUUGUUCGAAGUUGCGGCAUCGCAGCUGAGGCUCAUUUGCUGGCGGGAAGCUAG